ACAGCUUGCAAAUUCACUUCGUGUAGUUAACAGCACGGAAUAGUUGCUAUCCAAAGGAGACACAGUAAUCGUAGUUUUUAACUAAAAUACCGAUCAACUCGCUCGAAGUGUCAACAUGAAAGCAAUAAGCCCAGUGAGGUCCUUCAGGAAAAAUAACGCCAAUUUAUCGGAACACAGUCUCGGAAUCUCCCGGAGCAAGACACCCGUGGAUGAUCCUUUAAGCCUACUCUACAACAUGAAUGACUGCUACUCCAAGCUGAAAGAACUGGUGCCCAGCAUCCCGCAAAACAAGAACGUUAGCAAAAUGGAAAUCCUUCAGCAUGUUAUUGACUACAUACUGGACCUGCAGAUUGCGCUCGACUCAAAUUCCGCUAUAACCAGCCUCCACCACCAGCGACCGGGGCAAGCGACAUCCCGGACACCCCUGACAACUCUCAACACAGACAUCAGCAUCCUGUCCUUACAGUCUGCUGAGUUCUCGACAGAAUUGACUACAGACGACAGUAAGACCCUAUUUCGUUAAACCGGUGUUUGGUUAAGACACAAAACACGGGACCUGGAAACUGACUUUUUUCCUCCUCUGUUUUGUUCUCGAUCUGGAUUUUUUCUUUAAUUGAGUCAAGAGAGACUUUCAUAAUUAAAAAAGGACAAUCUAUGUGUUGUGUUAUAUAAUACGGACAUUUAUAGUUAUUUAUAAAUAGACUUGUUUUGUCCUUUCUUCAAACGGAAGGCUCACUAUAUUCCCAAUAGUGGGAGAAAAUGAAAGAAGAUUAUUGUCCCGAGGAUCCCCCAUAAGAAGUCUUUGCUUUUUUGCGAAGGUGGUGUGUGAAUAGGGCGACUUCGUUACUGUAAAAAGUUUAGUCUGUUUUGUCAGAAUUGUUACUGUUUUGGCACGUGAAGGACUGGACGUUGUAAAAAAAAAAAAAAAAAAAAAGUUGAAACCACGUGAACUCUAUAAUUGGAGUUUCAUCUUGUAUAGUAGCGGAAAUUGCAAAUUUCUGCAGAACAUGUAAUGCUGUAAUUAAUUUUGCUGAAACUUUUUAUAAAAGUAAUAAUGUAAAUUGUACCUUUUAUACAAAAAAUAAAUGAAAUGCUUUAUUUGAA